UGGGAUCGCUUCAGGAUCUUCUGCUGAUAGGUUUAUCCAGCAGACUUCAAGAGCUGGGUUCCGUACAGAGCUAAAGGCCUUCUCCUUCUCUUCCUCCUGCUAUUUCAUUGAGCUCUCAGUACCAGUGCUUUCCGCAUUUUCAGAGAGGAAAAUGGCUAUCGAAAGUGUGGGUGGAUCCAUUAUAUCUAAGAUAGCAGAACUCAUGGUGGAACCAGUAGGAAGGCAGUUCCGUUACAUGUUCUGUUUCAACAAUUUUGUUGAAGAAUUCAAGGAACAAAAGGAGAACCUUGCUUUAGCACUAGAUGGUCUGCAAAAAGAAGUCGAAGCUGCUGAAAGGAAUGCUGAAGAAAUUUACGAAGAUGUGAAAAAGUGGAUGGAAGAUGCAAAAAACGAAAUUGAAGGUGCGAAGCCCUUGGAAAAUGAAAUAGGAAAAAAUGGCAAAUGCUUCACUUGGUGUCCAAACUGCAUGCGACAAUUCAAGUUAAGCAAGGCACUGGCCAAGAGGUCGGAGAUUUUCAGAGAACUUUUAGAAAAGAAGUUUACAAAAGUGUCCCACAGAGCUCAUCCUCAGCCCAUAGAAUUUCUCCCAUCAAAGGAAUUCACGCCCUCAGAAUCGUCAGAAGAAGCUUUCAAACUGAUCAUGAAAGCUCUCAAAGAUGACAACGUCAAUAUGAUCGGACUGUACGGCAUGGGAGGGGUGGGUAAAACAACCCUGGUGAAAGAAGUAGGCAGGAGAGCCAAAGAGUCGCAGCUUUUUCCUGAAGUUUUGAUGGCUACGGUGUCCCAGAAUCCAAAUGUCAUGGGCAUCCAGGAUCGAAUGGCAGAUAGUUUACAUCUGAAAUUUGAAAAAAAGAGUAAAGAAGGUAAAGCAAGUGAAUUAUGGCAGAGACUGCAGGGAAAGAAGAUGCUUAUAAUCCUGGAUGAUGUUUGGAAACAUAUUGACUUGAAAGAGAUAGGGAUCCCAUUUGGUGAUGAUCACAGGGGUUGUAAAAUACUUCUAACAACACGUGUUCAAGGCAUAUGUUCUUCUAUGGGGUGCCAGCAAAAAGUGCUUUUAAGAGUCUUACCUGAAGAUGAAGCAUGGGAUUUAUUCAGAAUCAAUGCAGGUUUACGUGAUGGGGACUCUACCUUGAACAAAGUGGCAAGGGAGGUUGCGAGAGAAUGCCAAGGCUUGCCUAUAGCACUUGUGACAGUGGGAAGGGCUCUAAGAGAUAAAUCUCUAGAUCAGUGGGAAUUAGCGUCUAGAGAGCUCAAAGAAUCUCAAUUUGGGCGCAUGGAACAAAUUGACGAACAAAAUAAUGCUUACACAUGUCUUAAGUUGAGCUAUGAUUAUUUGAAGUACGCGGAAACAAAGUCAUGUUUCGUGCUAUGCUGUUUAUUUCCAGAAGAUUGUGACAUUCCAAUCGAGGAGUUAACGAGAUAUGCAGUUGGCUAUGGGUUACAUCAAGAUGCGGAGCCCAUCGAAGAUGCAAGGAAACGAGUUUCUGUGGCAAUCGAAAACCUCAAAGAUUGUUGCAUGCUGUUGGGCUCUGAAACUGAAGAACAUGUGAGAAUGCAUGACUUGGUUCGUGACUUUGCUAUUCAGAUAGCAUCAUCAGAAGAAUAUGGAUUCAUGGUAAAGGCUGGCAUUGGGUUGAAGAAGUGGCCAAUGAGCAAUACAAGCUUUGAAGGUUGUAAAACAAUUUCGUUAAUGGGCAAUAAACUAGAAGAACUUCCUGAAAGAUUGGGAUGUCCACAGCUGAAAGUUCUAUUAUUAGAAGUGGAUGAUGGUAUGAAUGUUCCAGAGAGGUUCUUUGAAGGGAUGAAAGAAAUUGAAGUUUUGUCUCUGGAGGGAGGUUGUUUGUCAUUGCAAUCACUCGAACUCUCAACGAAACUUCAAUCGUUGGAGUUGAUGGAGUGCGAAUGCAAGGACCUCAUUUGGUUGAGAAAGCUGCAGAGACUUAAGAUUCUUGGUCUUAUGGGGUGCUCAUCCAUUGAAGAAUUACCUGAUGAAAUAGGAGAGCUCAAGGAGUUAAGGUUGUUGGAUGUUAGAGGUUGUGAAAGGCUAAGAAGGAUCCCUGUGAAUUUGAUUGGAAGGUUGAAGAAGUUAGAAGAGCUGUUGAUCGGGGGUCGCAGCUUUGAUGGAUGGGAUGUUGUUGGAUGUGACAGCACAGGAGGAAUGAAUGCAAGCCUAACAGAACUAAAUUCGUUGUCUCAGUUAGCCGUAUUAUCAUUGAGGAUACCGAAGGUUGAAUGCAUUCCUAGAGAUUUUGUUUUUCCAGAUAGCUUGCGCAAAUAUGGUAUAAUAUUAGCGAAUGCUAAAGAAUAUUAUACAAUGUUUAGGGAUCGAUACCCAACCACCUUAAUUUUAUUUGGUACAUCCUUAAAUGCGAAGAUAUUUGAGCAAUUGUUUUUACGUAAAUUAGAAUCUGUAGAAGUGAGGGACUGUGCGGAUGUUUCCACUCUGUUUCCAGCAAGAUUGCGGCAAGGUUUAAAAAAUCUAAAGGAGGUGAUUGUUGACAGCUGUGAAUCAUUGGAAGAGGUAUUUGAAUUAGGUGACCUGCCUGGUGAAGGAAGCAGUGAGGAGAAGGAGCUGCUGUCAUCUUUAACAACGUUAGAGCUGGGCCGGUUACCUGAGCUGAAAUGCAUAUGGAAGGGGCCCACCAGACAUGUCAGCCUCCAAAAUCUUGCUCGUCUGGAUUUGUAUUCUCUCGACAAACUGACAUUUAUCUUCACACCGUCCCUCGCUCGAAGUCUGCCAAAGCUGGAAACCCUUGACAUAAGCGAUUGCGGUGAGUUGAAGCAUAUUAUCAGAGAAGAGGAUGGUGAAAGGGAAACAAUUACAGGGUCUCCUUGCUUCCCAGAAUUAAAAAAUAUCGACAUAUCUUUCUGUGAUAAACUGGAAUAUGUCUUCCCAGUCUCUUUGUCUCAUAACAGAGAUGGCAUCGUCAAGUUCCCUCAGCUAAGAAAAUUGUCUCUUCGGCUCCGAUCAAAUUACAGCUUUUUAGGUCCAAGGAAUUUUGAUGCUCAAUUGCCUUUGCGAAAAUUAACCAUUGAAGGCCACGAAGAAGUGGGUAAUUGGUUGGCACAGCUACAAAUGGCCGUCCAUGGGCAGCAAAACGGCUUCUUACAAAGAUUAGAAUAUGUAAAAGCGGACGGUUGUAGGGAUGUUCGCGCUCCGUUUCCAGCAAAAUUGCUGCGAGCUGUGAACAAUCUAAGCACUGUGGAAAUUACCGGCUGUGAAUCAUUGGAAGAGGUAUUUGAAUUGGAUGAGGCCGAUGAAGGAAGCAGUGAGGAGAAGGAGCUGCCGCUGCUGUCAUCUUUAACCAAGUUACAGGUGCGAAGGUUACCUGAGCUGAAAUGCAUAUGGAAGGGGCCCACCAGACAUGUCAGCCUCCAAAAUCUUGCUCGUCUGGAUUUGGAUUCUCUCAACAAACUGACAUUUAUCUUCACACCGUCCCUCGCUCGAAGUCUGCCAAAGCUGGGAACCCUUGACAUAAGAGAUUGCGGUGAAUUGAAGCAUAUUAUCAGAGAAGAGGAUGGUGAAAGGGAAAUAAUUACAGAGUCUCCUUGCUUCCCACAAUUAAAAAAAAUCACCAUAGAAAAGUGUGGUAAACUGGAAUAUGUCUUCCCUGUCUCUGUGUCUCCAAGCCUUCUGAACCUGGAAGAGAUGCAGAUUGUUAAAGCUCAUAAUUUAAAGCAAAUAUUUUACAGUGGAGAAGGAGAUGCACUCACCACAGAUGGCAUCAUCAAGUUCCCUCGACUAAGUGAAUUGGAUCUUUCUUUCAGAUCAAAUUGCAGCUUCUUUGGUCCAAAUAAUUUUGCUGCCCAAUUGCCUUCCUUGCAAACUCUACAAAUCAAUGGCCACAAAGAUGUGGGAAAUUUGCGUGCACAGCUCCAAGGGUUGACAAAUUUGGAAACAUUAUGCUUGCAGUCUCUGCCUGACACGAGGUGUAUAUGGAAGGGUACUUUGGAGAUGGCCGUCCAUGGACAGCAAAACGGCUUCUUACAAAGAUUAGAAUCUGUACGGUUGUCGAAUUGUGGGGAUGUUCGCGCUCCGUUUCCAGCAAAAUUGCUGCCAGAUCUGAACAAUUUAAGCACUGUGGAAAUUACCGGCUGCAAAUCAUUGGAAGAGUUAUUUGAAUUGGGUGAGGCCGAUGAAGGAAGCACUGAGGAGAAGGAGCUGCCGCUGCUGUCAUCUUUAACCAAGUUACAGGUGCGAAGGUUACCUGAGCUCAAAUGCAUAUGGAAGGGGCCCAACAGACAUGUCAGCCUCCACAAUCUUAUUUUUCUGCAUUUGCAUUCUCUCAACAAACUGACAUUUAUCUUCACACCGUCCCUCGCGCGAAGUCUGCUAAAGCUAGAAAGACUUGAGAUAAGUGAAUGCGGUGAAUUGAAGCAUAUUAUCAGAGAAGAGGAUGGUGAAAGGGAAAUAAUUCCAGUGUCUCCUGGGCUGGAUGAUCAAGCUUCACCUAUCAACGUUGAGAAGAAGAUAGUGCUUCCUAAUCUAAAGAAGUUGUCGCUAAAACAAUUAUCAAGUAUUGUCUGUUUUAGUUUCGGAUGGUGUGAUUAUUUCUUAUUCCCUCGUUUGGAGAAGUUGAAGGUCCAUCAAUGUCCAAAGCUGACCACAAAAUUUGCUACUACACCAGAUGGUUCAAUGAGUGCUCAAUCAGAGGUAUCUGAAGAUUCAAGCAUUAAUAGAGAGUGGACCAGAAAUAAUGGGUGGAAAGAAGUACAAGAAGAAGAAGAGGAAAUGAUGAUUGCUAGUCUAAUAAUUCUUUCUCGCCCAAACCAGGCAAGGGUGGUUAGCUGUUACAUGAUUUCAAGGUUGGUGCUGCGAAUAUGUUCUAGAUUGGUGGGAAGUAAUUAAUUCCAACUGUUUCAUUGGCAAUGGGAUACAAAUUGGCUUCACAUUGUAACAGUCUUAUUUACCAUAGAAGAUUUCGACUUAUCUAUGUGUUUGCUGAAGAAGUUAGAAGUAAUGUAAUGUUGUGUGUUUAGUCAUUAUCGUACAAGCCUCCAAAAAUACAAUGUUGCUUGCCCAUUAUCGUACAAGCCUCCGGAAGUAAGCGCGAAUGUUUGCUUGAUGCUGAACUCUUUGUUUGAUGUUCUGUUUCUAAUGCAUUAUUAAAAAUGUUAUUUUAUGGGCAUCUGAAUAUGUUUGGGCAUUCAAAUCUCAAGAUGACUGAGACUUGAUGCUGAACUCUUUGUUCAAAAGUGUGAUACUGAUAUCAUGUUUUCCUAGCA